AUGCACGCAACUUCCAUUACCCAACACGCCGAAUCCGUGAUCCAAACGGCAGCCUGCAGUUUUCUCAGGCUCGACCCCGCCACCCAGAAAGAAAACCACACAGCUCUGCUAGCGUCGCAAAACUUUGUUUUGGCCAGGUGCGCGGCCUACAACCUGUGUGGCAACAACUCCGGAGAUUCGGCACCACCAGACCCAAAAACGCGCUCAGGUGGCGAGGCCAGGAGUUGCACCACCUGCCAUAACCCUUUUGACCAGUUGCGUGGGUUUAAGGAAGUGGUGCAUAACUGGCGUGCGAUGACCACCGGCGGAGGCACGGUGAAAUCGUUGGAGGUUGGGAUAUUCGAACUGGUGAAUGAAAAUGAUGGCUACUUACCUAAGACGUCGCACGGGCCUGGAGAGGAAGGUGGUAAUAGGACGGCCCCAUGUGAUUUCGCAGCGCUUGUGGUCGACCGAGAAGACGGUCUGGGACUAGUCAGCGAGUCCGGCGCUCUGGGCUAG